ACGGAACAACGAUGUGACGUCACUCCCAUAAUGCCAUUCUUGAGUUCGGCGUUGCCAUGGCAACCACUGACGCUUUCCCGGCGAAAGUUACAGUGGUGAAAACAUUCGAAGAGGCUUUUUCUUAGAGGAUAAAUGGAUUUAAAGCCGAAAAAUCAUGGGACAGGAGACCAAAAGGAGACGGAAACUUUUUAUACAAGGGUAUAUGACGAUGCCGUCGCCAAAAAAACGCCCGUCGACAAUGCAAUUAUCGAGCAAACCUGUGAAGUCGGUGGUGGUCGAGUGGAGAGCCUCGGUCGAGUCUUCGACAGCGGCGGUGAGGGGGAUCCUGCAGCCUCACACCACGCCGCUUACACGGCCUCUCUGGCCACCAUACACAAGCAGAGGAGGAAAGCUCAUCACAGAUAUGCAACUCUUGUGGCCAACAUUCUCACUCAUGAGCCUGAUCUCCGGGCUCAAGAGGAGAGACGCAGAGAAGGAGCCUUGAUCCAGGAGCGACAGAAACUCGAGUCUGACAUUCUCGAGGAGCGCAUUCAGUACCUCCAAGAGAGGAUCUUCAGCACUCGCAAGGACACAGCUGCCACGAAUGAAAAGGUCACGACGUAUUUGACCUACAAGGAAUACGUUGAGAACAGCGUGCAGACCUUCGGGAAUGAGGCUUCGACUGUCGAGGGCGUCUGUGGGCGUUUUCGGGACCUCCUCACUCUCCGGCUUCAGCUCCUCCUCAAGGUCAAUCACGCCCGUCUGCAGCUGCAGCAGUCACGCCGUCAGCUGCUCAUGUUCGUGCAGAGUGAGAAGGAGCGCGAAGGCCAAGCUCUCUUGGAGCUCUACAGAGCUCGCUCGGCAGGGUGGGCGUCAUCCAGAAGACUAGGAGAGAUGGAAGCCAGGUUAGCAGCUCUCCAGGCCGCUUCCACCCACACUCACACCCACCUGACGAGAGUUCGCCUCGCCCUGGCCAACAUCUACAGCGUGGCUCGCUCGUACCAGCGCUCCUUGCCUCCAUUAGGCUCCAAGGCGCCUUCGUCAGCGGUGCUGGAACGCCUCCACAACUUUCUGCUGGACGCCAUCACCGUGACGACGGCCGCCAGAAACGCCACGCAGCCUGACUCGAUGCGACCUAGCGCUCCUAGUCUGAACAAGUUCGCCAUGAAGGAGGCGCCCCUUUCGAAGCCGCCUGGUACGAAAAAGGACGUAGCGGCGGCGAAGGAUAAGAAAGAUAAGGGCGAGGAAGAUAAGAAAGGCGAUUCGAAGAGUCAGACUAAGAAGGAGAGUAAGAAGGGCUCGGCGGUUAAGAAGAAAGCUGAAGGCGAAGUUGCGAAAUCGGUUCAGAGCGAGACAAAAUUUGAGACGCCACGCAAAGAGAUGUCGAUCAACAAGCCUCAGUUGCUCAAGAAGAAGAAUGUAGAGGAAGAUGCCAAAUGACCGACUCUGGCUGUCAAUUUGUCAAAUUAGUCUAGAGAUGAGAGAAAUGCUGCUCUUAUGAACAUUAUUUCGUUCUCUUUUGAAGGUAAUUCCACGCUCAAAUGCUUCUCUAAGAUGUAAAAUGAAAAUU